CCAGGUUGUUUGAGAAAAACUUAAGAACCUACAUACUUUGUCCAGCAUCACCAGGCGUGAAAACAAAAAUUUUAUAUAGGGAGAAGAAACUACGUGUUGAGUAGAUUCAUGUUCGUGGAACAGGACUCAUUAUACAAUCUUCAGUUCUGCAGAUAUUGUGGUUUGUUGUUAUUCAGGUUACUUUUGCCUCUCACAUGUGGCCUGGCUGGCUUUCUCCAAAAUGAUCAAGUGGAAGACUUGGAUGGUUUGGUUAUCGCUAAUAUUAAGCAUUUCAACCGCUGAAUUAUUUACAUCUUUAAGUCGGAUAAAAGGCUUGGUUCGCUUGGAAAGCGCUCUUUCGAACUCUCUCGACAAUUAUUUGGAACAGAUGUCGGAACCCCCGGAAGUUCUUCAACAAUUUUCCGAUCAAGUCAGGAAAGAAAGGGACAUCGCGGCGGGCGAUAUCGAAAAAUAUGCCUUUCAUCCGAUCAAUUCCUUUCUGCUUGUGAGGCGAUUCGUGCGACAUUGGACAGAAUUGGCCACCUUCCUCUCUAAAGGAUCACCGAACGUCCUAGAUCUCUACUCCGAGCUCAUGAUCAACCGCCGAGCAUUUCCCACACCGAAAGACUUCAUGGGAAGCCUCAACGCCAUUCUACGCAUCCAAGAGAUUUACAAUCUCAGCGCAAGCGCUCUCGCUGAUGGAGAUCUGCAUCAAGCAAUACCAAGCGGGGGCCUAGGUGCUGAUGAGUGUUAUGAGUUAGGAAUCGGCAGCAGUGAUCAGAAAAAUUACGAAGGGGUUAUAGGGUGGAUGAAAGAAGCUCUUAAACGUAUGAGCCCGCCAUAUGAGUACAGCGGUGCACUUAUAAAAAUUGACGUUCUGGAAUAUUUAGCUUGGGCGGAGUAUAAGGUUGGACUCCUUGAAGAUGCAAUCAUACACACGAAAGAUAUUCUUGACGAAGAUCCCACAAGUAAACAAGCGCAUGUUAACCUUGGACAUUUCGAGGCAGAGAUGAUACGACGCAGUACGAACGUAAAUCAUUCAGCAAGAAACAAGGUAGACAACAAGACAAAUAGAAAAGAUAACAAGUUCAAAUAUGAACGCUUGUGUCGCGGAGAAACACGGAAGUCCCAGAGACAAAGAGACAAACUGAGUUGCUACUACAAUAGAAAUCGUCCAACACAAGUGCUGAGACCAGUUAAAGUAGAAAUGUUAAAUUCGGAUCCAGAUCUCUACCUGUUUCAUGACUUCAUUUCAGAGAGCGAAAUCGAGCUGGUAAAGAGACUUGCCAAGCCUCAGCUUAAGAGAGCUGUUGUCACCGAUACAGAUACUGGAAAAGAGUUCAAAGCAGAUUAUAGGAUAAGUCAAAGGUUAACAGAACCAAGCAUGGUCCUAAGUCAUUUCGUUAUUUUGCUGCUAAGACUUGGAACGCGCUACCGGAUGCUAUGCGCGCAAAGCGCCUGGCUGGAUGACCAUGAUUCUCCUAUCGUAAAAAGAAUAAGCCAGAGGAUUCAAACUAUCACGGGUCUUUCUCUAGAUUCUGAACACUCGGAAGCAUUACAGGUGGCAAACUAUGGUAUAGCAGGACAUUAUGAUCCACACCACGAUUUCCUCCAGAAUCCAGACGGAAGCCUUCCUUCUAACGUUAUUGACGGCGACAGGAUAGCUACAGUACUGUUUUACAUGAGUGACGUGGAAGCCGGCGGUGCAACGGUGUUUUUAGACGCUGAAGAGAUUGUCUAUCCCCGAAAGGGUGACGCAAUAUUUUGGUACAAUCUUAAAAAAGAUGGUAGCCCUGAUGUUAAAACGAUGCACGCUGCCUGCCCUGUGAUCAUCGGCUCAAAAUGGGUUGCUAACAAGUGGAUCAAUGAAAGAGGCCAGGAGUUUCGCCGGCCAUGCAUACGAACCUGAAAAUUUUACAUUUUUUUGGUUUGUUAUAGUUUCUUUUUGAUUCAAAACACAAUUUAUUUCCAUAGUUCUUGUGUUGUACUCAUUGUCAUUUUCUUUUGGUGAUUUAUUGUUAGUUUUAAGAUCAGUCCCUUCUGUCAAAUCAUAAUGAAAAAAAGCAACAACUUGCAUUACAAUUGACAACCUAAUGUCACCUUGAAGAAUGGUUGCAAAGAAAAAAAAAAUUAAACUACAAACAAAAAAAAUUGAGACAAUUUGGUUUUAUCAAUUGAGUUGAUUUACAUUAGCCACUGUAGGGUUUCCACAGCUGACAACGUGUUAGCCCUUUCCUCAUUCUCUCUGAACGGGUGAUGCUUGCAACAUCAGCCUCUGAAAUUCUCUACAGGGCUUAUUACAUCUUAUAAUCUUAGUUGAUAAAACCAAAUUACCCUGCAAUACCUCCCAAGGAUGCAGCACCCUCUAUUAUCAGUUCCUUCGCACUGAGUUCCCUGCCCUGUUACCAACCUUAGUGCUUGCUUUCUUCAUGUCAUAAUGCAUAUUUCUCCAAAGAGGGAUCCUAUAACAAAACUCUUAAUUUGUUUUCCCUCUCAAGCCAGAGAGUGCUCUGUUCCUGGUCCAAAAUUUAUUAACCUCUGAUGAGAGCCCAUGCAAGUACAGUAUACUACUCAACCAUAGAAAAUUAUUUUUGACUUACAUGGAUGAAGCUCGAUAAGAAAUUCAUCCUACAAAUCACAUACAGUCAAACACUGAUGGUCCCUGCUACCUAUUUGAAACUUGUGAAGAAACCUUUCUCCCCACGACACAGUAUGUCAGUCCUCAUGCAAAAAUGUGUAAAAGGUUUUUAAAUGCUCCUAGUAUCAAAGAAUAAAGCACCCAUAUGCAAACCAGAUGUUUAUUGCAGAAAACAUUCUGCUAUUCAAUUUAACUGUGGCAAUUUAAAAGCAAGAAUUCUGUGGUCUCCAAAAAAUACUACUCAUUCACCUUCACUUUGACUGUAAUGACAACAAUAUCAAAGAAACAAAAACUUGGACCUACAAUAGCAGUACAUCAUUGGCUGCUAUUGUAGAUUUAAGCUUUCCUCUUAACAGUCUUUUGUUUUCUUUCAUCCUACACUAUGCAAGAAUUGCUCAGCAAGUUACCUAAUGCUAGUACUGCAAUAACCAUGGUUGGCUAGAUUAUAAGAAAGGAAACUGCUCUCUAAACUUUUUUAUCAUUGAGAAGCCAAGUGCCUGUGGUACAAGAGUAGGGAAAGAACACAUCCAGUAAAUGAAACUUGUUCGAUUGCUCUCUUAGAAUGGUCUGUUUUAUUAUUGUUUUUUUUUUUGGUUUUGUUUUCGUCUUUCUUUCAAUGUCCAUAGCCUGGAUUGCAAAA